AUGCAGUCUGAAAUCUACAAGAAAGAGGUACGUGACAGUUCAUAUUGUUAUUUUGGCAUAAAGCAAGGGAUUGUUAAUAGAUUGUCACAGUUAGUUGCUAAAGGUACGACAGUGAAUCAGGUAAUUAUGUUACAAUUCAAUAUUGAUGGAUUGCCAUUAUUUAAAAGUUCAAAGAUACAGUUGUGGCCAAUUCUGUGUUUAAUGGAACAUUUUGAUGGUGUGGUUGUAACAAAUAGGGAGCCGUUUACAGUUGCAUUAUACUGUGGAAAUAGCAAGCCGACUGAUAUUAAUGCAUUUUUGAAAGACUUUGUUGAGGAAAUAAAAGACCUUCAGGAAACAGGAAUCAUAUUUAACAAUGUGUGUUAUGAAAUAAAAAUUUCUGCUCUGAUUUGUGACACCCCAGCGUGA